AUGGAACACAUCAAAGAAAUGUUUGACAUCAACUUCUUUGGAGCUGUGCGUCUGACCCAGGCCGUGCUCCGUGGCAUGAAAGCGAGGGAGGACGGUUACAUAGUAAACGUGAGCAGUAUCUUCGGAAUAACGGGAGGACCGUUCAAUGACAUGUACACAGCGGCAAAGUUUGCCAUGGGAGGUUUAACAGAAUUUCUGGCGCCUGUGUUGAAACAGUUUAAUAUCAAGAUCUCGUUGGUCGAGCCGGGUCCGUUUGUCACGUCCUUCAUCAGUAACUUGAAGGGCAUGGUAAGCAAAGUAGACCUGCCAACCGCUGACCAGACGUCUGUCCAGCUCAUGCAGUCUGUAACUGCCCGGAUGACGGAAUUGACCGCCAACGUGGGACAGAAACCUGAAGAGAUCGCGGACACGAUUAAAGAAAUUCUACCUUCUUCCAAACCUCACAUCAGAAACCUGACGAACAAGCACUACGGGCUUGAGAAGGCGAAUUCUAAAUUUUCCGACCUGACAGGCGACAAACUUGUGUUGGAAAGUGUUGGAAAAACGGUUCUUUUAAGGAUCAAAGAUUUCCGUUCAUGGGAUUACUGGAAAUGUGAAGGUCACAACAUGGAGAUUGCUGGUGCUUACUCUAGAGGGGUGACAAAAAAUGAAAAUUGCGUAGUAAUUUUAAGUAAUUAA